AUGUCCGAAUUGCUCGCCGGUGUCAAGUUGAUGGAUCAAGACCUCGAGCCGGUCGAUCCGGAGGUUCUCAAGGGAAAGGUCGUCGGCCUCUACUUCUCCGCCGGAUGGUGUCCACCGUGUCGUCAGUUCACACCGAAACUCAAGCGUUUCUACGAGGAAAUCAAGAAGACGCAUCCAGAGUUCGAGGUGAUUUUCGUGUCUCGUGACAAGGAAUCACAGGAUCUCAACGAGUAUUUCGCCGAGCACAUGGGCUCGUGGCUCGCCAUUCCGUUUGGAGAGCCCAAGAUUCAAGAACUGCUCGCCCAAUACGAAGUCAAGACGAUCCCAUCGAUGCGCAUCAUCAAGCCAAACGGUGACGUCGUCGUUCAGGACGCUCGUACCGAGAUUCAGGAGAAGGGAAGCGAUCCGGAGGCUCUCUGGGAGGAGUGGCUCGCCUUUUACGAAUAA